AUGGCGGCGGUUACGAUGCCCUGCGCGUUCGCGCGGCCUGCGCUGCGCACGUCGGCCCGUGCGCCCCGCCGGCCGCUCCAGACUCGCCGGAGCGUCGCCGCGGCGGCCUUCACGUCCGAGAACCCCGCGAAGAUCUGCGUGUUGGGCGCGUCCGGAUACACCGGCGCCGACGUCACGCGCCUCCUCGCGUGCCACCCCCAGAUGAAGAUCACCGCCAUGACCGCGGAGAGCAACGCCGGCAAGCUCCUCGCUGACAUCUACCCCCACCUCCUGAACGCCACCGACGUCCCGCGCCUCAUCAAGAACGCCGAGGUGGACUGGUCGCAGAUCGACGGCGCGUUCUGCUGCCUCCCGCACGCGACGACGCAGGAGAUCGUCAAGACGAUCCCGAAGCACGUCAAGAUCGUCGACCUCUCCGCGGACUUCCGCCUGUCGGACGUGGAGACCUACGCCACGUGGUACGGCGGCGCGCACCUCGCGCCCGAGCUGCAGAAGGAGGCCGUGUACGGUCUCACGGAGCUCAACCGCGAGGCGGUGCGCGGCGCGCGCCUCGUUGCGAACCCCGGGUGCUACCCGACCUCGGUGCAGCUCCCGCUGGUGCCGCUCCUGCGCAAGGGCAUGAUCUCCACGAACAACAUCUUCAUCGACUCCAAGUCCGGCGUGACGGGCGCGGGCCGCAGCGCGAAGGUCGGCAUCCUCUUCUGCGAGGUCUCCGAGGGGAUGCACGGCUACGGCGUCGGCAGCCACCGCCACAUGCCCGAGAUCGAGCAGGAGCUCUCCAAGGCGAGCGGGAAGGACGUGCGGAUCUCCUUCACGCCGCACCUGAUCCCGAUGAACCGCGGGAUGCUCUCGACGAUCUACGUCGGGCUCGAGCAGGGCCAGACGGUGGAUGGGCUGCGCGCGGAGCUCAAGGAUUUCUACGCGACGGAGCGGUUCGUGACGGUGAUGGACAAGGGGCAGGUCCCGCACACGCGGUACGUGCGCGGGAGCAACUACAACUACAUCGGGGUGUUCGAGGACCGCCUCCCGGGCCGCGCGAUCAUCAUGUCGGUCAUCGACAACGUGGUCAAGGGCGCCUCGGGGCAGGCGGUGCAGAACAUGAACCUCGUGCUCGGGCUCGACGAGGGCGAGGGGCUCAUGCAGCAGCCCAUGUUCCCGUAG